AUGCUGACGCACACAGCCCGCAGUCGACACAUUUCUUCUCGGCGGUAUUCAGAGUCCCCCAUCAGCGUCGGGCGGGAGAGCGGUCUGCUAAAGGGCAGCCACGGACUCGCCACGCGCUUCGAGGUGUGCCGCAUGGAGGAGUUGGCCAAGUCAUUGCAACAGGCACAGGCGGCGGUUUUGGGUAUCCAGGAUGACCUCGCGCUUCUCCGCGCACAUGUGGAGGAAGAAGAGGAGCGAGGUGCUGGUAAUGUUGUCAAGGCCUCUGCGGUUGGCCUCGAGACAGGCGUUACCCUAACUAACCCGUACUACGUGGAUCUGCAUACCACCGUGCAUCGGCGACAGGAGGCAGCCUCGCUGUUGCUCCAGCGCUGCGCCCACCUCUUUUACAAACAGUUUGGUGCUCUGGAGGAGAAGGCAGAGCGUCUGGAGAAUGUCCAGGCGAAGGAGAAGGAACUGCAAGCCGCCAAGAAGAGCAUGCAGCGCUACUUUGAUGCUCACGCGACGGAGCUGGCGGAGGAACGCGACAGCAACGCUGUCGCGCUACGGCUCGAGUGGGAGCGGCGGCAGCACCUUGAAGAUGGAAUUGUAUGUCUCGAUCUAAAACUUCGCCGACAACGUCUCGCGCACAGCGUGCUGCUCAUGUGGAUGAAAAAGGCAAUGAUGUGCCACCUCGCUCGCGAGUACACGCGACGGCGAGACGCAACUCGAGAGACGUACGAAUCGGCCACCUGUUAUGCAUUCGUCCAGCAGCGGCGAGUGACGGCAGCUCAGCGGGCGCUUUGCACGUGGCGCUCGCGACUGCAGGAGCGGCGCUGCCAGCGCCUCAAGACUGUAGCGACAGAGGCGGAGAAGCGCGCGCAGUUUUUCCGCGAAGAGCUCACCGCCAUCCAGAAGACACUGCGUGAGAGCUUUGGAAUGGGCGUCAGCGAGUGUGACCAGGUGGCCACCGCUUCCCCCACCCACGAACAGGCGUGCGCCCAGCGCGAGGACGAAGUGCAGCGGCUGCGCACAGCGCUGCGGGACAUGACGGUGGAGUUUAGCGAGCGCACUCGCACCUACAUCCGUCAGCAGGAGAACACUGAGCAGGUCUUUGCACGCAAAGAGGUGGCACUGCGUGACACCAUCUGCAGUCUGCAGGCGACACUAACCAUAGAGCGGCAGGCGCACGCAGCGUUCACGCAGUCGUCUGAGCUCUUUGUCAGCCAUGUGAACUCCUACUGGCAGGCACAGCUGCAGGAGCUGGCUGAGGUGGUUCGGCGCAAGGAGGAAUACGCACAUCACACCAUCCUAGGACUAACCGGCCGUCUGCAGCACCGCCAUGUCAGUCUACUGAAAGAGAUGGCUAAGCUGGCACGCGAUGUCGACACCCUUGCCCCACUGAGUGAACAGUGCUUGCGGUUAGAGAACGCUGUCGCCGAGUCAGAGCAGCUGCUGAAGCGGAGCAAGGCAUCCAGCCAGUCAUGGGAGAGACAUUGCAAAGCCGCACAUGUGGUGGAGGCACUCCUAACGGAUCGUGUCGUCUCCGCAGACAGUGCGGUGCUGCGAGCCCGCUCCUUCAUCCGGUGGUUGGGCCGAAGCCACAACGCUUCUAGUGAAAAGCUCCAGCAUAGCAUCGGGACCCUCUCUGACAAUCUGCAGACCCAACGGCGAGAGCUGCGCGUCCAGCAGCAAGAGCUGUCCUCGCGCCACCAGGCGGAAGUGGCGCGGCUCCGAGAUGAGCACGAGCAACUGCGUAACGCAAACGUGCGGCUGCAGUCGGAGCUGGAGAGCACCGCACGCAAGCAACGCGAGAUGGAUGGCGCCUACUACGACAGUGAGGUGCGGAAUGGCGAGCUGUCUGCAGCUCUGUUGCGGGAGAAGAUGGAGCGGCGCGGCGUCGAAGAGAAGUGGUGGGGCAGCCGUGCCUCUGGGCUGCUGUUGCAGGAGGCGCAGCAGCGGCUGCGUAUCGAGGCGCAGGAGGGCCAGUGGUGGACAGCGCUGCUCAUGCGUGAGAGCAAAGUGCUGAAGGUUUGGACAGCUUCCCUGCAGUGCGACGAGGUGCAGCUCACCGCCGUGUGCGAGGGUUGGCAGCAGCACUGCCACCAGCUCGAAACUGCGCACGCCGCUGAGCGAAAAACCGUAGCAGGGCGGACGGCGUGUGCCCUGGAGCGAGGGGUGUUGCACGCGCACACACUGGCCAUCUGGGCCUCGUGGCGGGGGUGGGCACAGCAGAAGCGUGCAGUAACCGCUGUAGAGGCGCGAUCGUCAGAGUCGAGGCGGGAGAUGAUCGAGCGGCACGGGAAGGAGAUGGCGCGCUUGCACACCAGCCACGACAUAGCAUUGCAGCGCCUGCAGCGCGAGCACACACUGGAGAAGGCACAGCUGCAGUCCAUCCACCAGGAGCGAUGUGCGGCCCUGCGGCGUGCGCAGACGGAGGAGGUGGCGCAGCUCUCCGAGCGCCAUGCACAGCAGCUCAAGAUCGCGCAGACCACCUACGCAGCGGAUGUUGCAGAGCGCGAUGAACACGCAGAUGCGAUGCAAGAGCAGCUGAGCCACUUGGGCCUUCUUGUGGUUGAGUACUGCGGUCAGGCAACCUACAGUCGGUGGCGUACAUGGGCGGCAGAGCGGCAAGCGCGGCGCUCCGCCCAGCAGCGCCGUAGACUGAUGAUGCGAAUCGGGGAAUGGCACGCAGUGAGAACGAUGAUGAUGGACGACUGCAAUGCCGCCAAGCAUUCCUUCUGGACCGCCGCUACUAUCGAGCUCUCGCGAGAGCGUGAGGUGAAGGCUCGGCGGCAGGCGCAGGACCUGGCGCAGGAGAAGGAGCUGUGCCGGUCACAGCAGCACAAGCUGCAGGCAGCCAAGGAGGCGGCGGAGGAGGAGGCAUGCCAUUUGCGAGGAGAGCUGCAGCACGCGCGGACACUGUAUGACGCGGAGGUCCAGUACACGGAGCGACUCCUCCACACCACCACGGAGGAGCGGCGCGCCCACCGCAACACCCUCGCCUUCACUGCUCGAAUGUCCGAGUGGCGAGAGUUGGCGCACUGUAGCGUUGCCGAGCAUCAGGCAGCUGCGGUUCAGGCGUUCAUGGAGGCGACUGGGCUGUUUAUGGCAAAGAGGCCAGCAACUCAUAGAGCUGAGCUUACUGCCUACGCGGCACAGGUGGAGGAGGAGCCCAACGCACGCGCCAGCAGGGCAGUCGCGUCGUCGUCCGGCAAAGUGGAUGCGGAAAAGGCGCGUGUCUCUGAGUGUGACAGUGUGGUUGAUGUGAGCGAGUGUGCACCUGGCGAGUGUGAAGCGGACGCAAACGACGUGGGCGUGUCCACCGGCGAUGAGGACGGUGUGCGCUCUUCUCCCUGCCCAAUUGCCGUGUCACGGCAGCCUGUCGAGGUCAUCCCCGAAGAGUUACUCUCGCGCCUUCAGUCCAUGGAGCGCUACGUGAAUGUUGCAGGUAACGCACGUGAAGUGGAGUAUCACACUGACACCACGUCUUCAGAGCAUUGUGGUCCCCUCCUUUCGGAGUCUUUCCUGGGGAUGCUGGCGCCGUUACCUCAGCCAACCGCUGUUGCGAACCUGCUGGCGGAGCAGACGAACGUGCCCUUCAAGGUGUGUCAUCUGCUUGAACUUGUGCGCCUGGCGGCACUGCGUGGGGCUGCGACGCACAAGCGCGAACACGCAGACGAGCUCGCCAACAUCCAGGCAAUGCGGGCACGCUCCGAGGAGGCACUGGCGCGCCUGCGAGAGACCAUGGAGUGUCUUCUGGCAGAGCAGCGCUCCCUUGCAGAGGAGAUGCACGCGGAUGCUCAGCAACAACGACAGCACUGUUCUACUUCCCGAGCGGCCGACGCGGCGCAGAUGUCCCCAGCGUUGACGAAGGCGUGGCCAGAACGGCUGAGCGCGCUGAGUGACCGGUAUACACGGGUGCUUGGAGCACUCUUUACCGCGAACAGCCGCCCCCAAGAGACCCUCUACAACGUGAGGGGCAUGUUGGCUGAGGCAAACGUGCUCUCGGAGGAAGUGCUGCAGAGUUUCUCGGAGAUUGUGCAUGAGAUGGCGCAGCUUCAGGCGGAACUCCUCCCUCAGGCACACGCAGCGAGAGUCCUUUAUCAGAGUGGUGAUGAACCCGAUAUCACCUUACCUGCCGGCACGGAGGCCACUGUGGGGGCGGUGCAGCCCUCCUCGCCGGAGCCGAGAGCGCUGUCGUUAGCAGCGACCCCAUCCUCGUCUCCUGUGCAUCCUGAAAACUCUACUCACGCUGCUUGUGCGCAGCACAGUACCUCCGGCGCCACCACCUGCUUAGCGACCUCCGUUUCUCCCGUCGGCUCUACACCAGAAAAGCGAGGGCUACGCGACCGUGUGCGCUUCCUCGAGAAGCUUCUUGUUGAAGCCAAAGUGCAGCUGGCGGAGGCGAAGUCUUUGACUGGAGUUGCCCAUCGUUUCACCUCGCUGCCCAUGGCAUCCGUGCAGGCGCAGGUGUGGGCCGCUCAAGAUGCCGAGGACUUCAGCCAGCUGGCGCUGACGAAGGAACAGCUUCUCGUUCUCUACGGCGCUUCGGAGUCGACCACUCGCACCCUCAUGACGGCAAUGCGCGAGUAUGAAACGCAGCUGCGCAGAACGCAGGCGGAGAUGUCGCAGCAGCUACGAACUGCGUGUGUCGCGGUGGAAGAGAAGCUGCAGGUGCGCCACCGCGUCGAUGUGGAGCGCUAUGAGGCGAAGAUGCGCACCUUGUCCGAGUCCCUCGCCGCGGCUGCAAAGGAGCAGUCCGAAGCCGAGGCCCGCUGUGGGGAGCUGGAGCGGCAGCUGAAGUCAGAGACGACGACCUGGGCAGAAAAGUACUCGCGCGACACCGAGCUCAUACGCCAGAGCUGCCUGUCCGAAAUCGAUGAACUGACGAACCACCAGCGGCUGCUGGAGGAUGAACUCCAGCAAUGCCGACGCGUCGCCCAGUCGGCUAUUCAGCAGGCUGUGGACCGUCAAACAGAGCUGCUGAGGCUCGAGCACACGGAGCAGCUGCGCCGCUCUGAGCGGAACGUGGCACGACUGGCCACUGAAAAAGCAUUGCUGGAGGACCGUCUUCGGGCCAUCGCGGCGGACUGCGAGCGGCAGGUGCAGCAGGAACGGUCAGCGGUGGAGCGCCUUCAGCAUCGCCUAGCAGAUGACGCGGGUGCUGUUGCGGAGAUGGCCUGUAUAGCGACUUUGGCCAGUUGGGAGAUUCACCUCGUGGACAUCAUCGAGCUAUAUGUGCGGUGCGCAGCGGACAAGGCGGCGUGGCUCGCCGCGUGCGCUGCUGGCCUGGUAGUGAAGGAGCGAGAGCAGUGGGAGACCGAGGUAAUGCAGCUGCGCGAGCGUGUGGCCCUGCUGCAGGAGGCGUCAGGUGCCGCCCCAGUACCCCUUGCGCGCGACGGCUCCUUUCAUCAAGCGUCCACAAACUUGCAGAGAAGCAGCAGGAAAUCGACCCCCCAACAUAAGGCGGACGAGGAUUCGUCGCAGUCACUCACACUUUCCCCGUCUCCCCGUCGCAGCAAUCAAGGCGUGUCAUCAGCGAAGGUUGGUGUCUGCAUCGCUGCGCGGAAGGCCAGCGCGCCGCCCACCUCUCGACGCGCAGUCUCGAGCCCGCCAGCAGCUGAAAUGUACCGCGAAACUCAAAAUGCGCCUCCAGUAGACUCUACUGGCACGACCCCCACACGAUGCCGAAGUCUGUCUAUUGACUCACUCGAGCUGUCUCAGUCCUUCCUACGCUACUCCAAAAUGUUGAGCGACCAGAGGACACGGAACGCAACCCGGCUGGAGCGGGCAAGCGCGUUGGCCGCAGAAGUUGACGAUCUCCUCCUGCACGGAGCCCAGCUCAGUCAUUCAGUGGCCUCGCUGAAUGCUCGUUAG